GUCUUGUUCAUUUUGACACAGCAGCAACUCGUCACUCACCUCUCUGAUGGCUGCGUCUACUUUGCAAGUGUGACGUUGAUCAUCUCCGCCGCCAACCAGUGGUUCAUCGUAAUAGCAUAGCCAUGGACAAGUGGAAGCCACUCAAUCCGACGCCAAAGCAUGCCGCGUCGAGCUCCAUCUCUGAUCCCUCCUCAUCCUCAUCUUCGGCGGCCAACGAUGCACGCAUAGCAGCCCUAUAUGCUCCGCCAGCUCAGUCAACGCGGCAUGCCCCACCAGCUAAGCCUCAUCCACCAGCUGCUCACGUAGCCAAGAGGCGGUCGUUCCUACCAGCUUGGGCUCAGAGCGCCCCUUCGUCGUCGCAGUAUGCUUCAGUAGCAGGGGGAGCAAGUCAAGAUAAAGCAGGAGCAAAUGGAAAAGGCGCAGCAAUCGACGAGGAAGAUGAGCUUGUAGGGAGCUUUCCUCUCGCUGUCCAUCAGGCUAUCGCAAAGAUCUUGCCCGUCGAGGAUCUCGUGCGGUACAUGGCAACUUGUCGCCCGCUCGCCAGACUCGUAGCCUCGGAGGAGAUUUGGCUCACAAGAGUCAAGGCAGCCCAAUGGCAAGAUAUACAGAGCAUACCGGUCAAGCAUACCACAUCAGCUCCGCAGCCGUCGCCACCACCUUCCAAUAUCAAGGCGCCUCAAUCACUCCAGCAAGGCGCCUCGGACGACUGGGGAGACUUUGCUAGUCCGGCAGAGGCCAGCAUGCCAAAGCCCUACUCAUCGACAUCGCCCAAUGAAGAUGACUCUUUCGGCGAGUAUUCGGGAGGCUCUCUAGCGAAUGGGACUGCCUCACUUCAGGCACCAAUGAAGCCGGGAAGACCAGGAGGUGCCAAAUCACUCUUCUCCUUCAGGGCGGAGACGUCGCUGCCCUCUUGCGCAAAGAUCGAGGCAUACCAGGUGCUCAAGUCGUACAAGGAAUGUCUUCGUCCUUUUGCUGACAGUGUUGCAGCUGGUACCAGCAAUAUUGAGGAGAGUCUGAUCUUCCUCGGACCCGACGCUUCUUCGUCGGCUUGGGGAGCUCGUGAGCAGGCUGCGCUGCUUGGCAACCUGAUACGUUGCUCUUUGCCGUACCCGGAGGGAGCGGCGCUCUUUGACGCAAAGUGUAGCAAGAAGUCUGCAGAUUUGGUAGGGCAAGAUGACGGUGUCAACGGGGAUGGGUCCAUCAGAGAACAGUCCUUAGGCGCUGGCCUUCUCCAAGCAGCCUCCGUCCUUACCUCCAACCUACUCUCCAUGUUCAAGGCGUCGUCAGACAAGCGCUCCGACGCUCUCAGAGCAGCAUCACAUGGUGCUUCGGGUACAGACGCCGCUGUCGCCCGUGCUGAGGGCGACAUGAGGAUUUUUGCAGUCAGCUUGUGGGACCUCGGUCAACAGAGUGCUCGACUAAAAGCAUUGUUGCGCAAAGAUGGCGAGAAAGCGGAAGGCUGGCUUCUCGAUGGUGCCGCGGGCGGGGACGAGGAGACCAGUGAAGAAAAUGAAGCGCCUGGCUCUGAGGCCAAGGCGGCAUGGCUGAAGACCCGUCAAGCAAGCCUGCUGCCGCUCUCACUCUCCAGCAACUCCCGAGGCCAGGCAGACUACCGCGACAUCUUCAUAUUCGCCUCACCAGACGCACCUCCGACUCUCAAUUUCACUCCGAUGGACAGCGUCAUGUCGCAACUCGUGACCAACUUCCGAGAGGAGGGCGAGAUGAUUGCGAGCAUCUUUCCGCCUGAGCAGGGCGUAUUGCUUGCUUGGGCCAGAAUUGUGCUUUCAGAGCUGAUCACGACGUACAUUCGCCCUCUGCUGGAUCACGCCAACUCGCAUUCCGUCCACCUAUACCUACGCUGCUGCGCAGCCAGCUUUGCCCAAUCACUGAAGCUUUCCGAAGCCAUCCGCAGCGUGACGCCUCCCACAAGAUUACCAGCUCCCACGCUGCUCAACAAAUCCGAUGCUACAUCUUCCAAUACGGUCGACAGUGAGGUUAAUGCGCAAGAAAGUGCAGACUGGCGAAGGCGCUUCGAGAGCUUCUACACCGCUGACCUGUGCAACGACGUCGUCUACGAGGCGUGGGCGGAUAUUGUUGAGGAGUACCUCAUAGCCGAGCGCGAAUGGGUCAAGACGGAAAUGAGUGCUGUGGGCGAUAAGUGGGAAGAGGAUCUUGCAAAUGAAGCCAGCGCCUCACGCGUAGAUGCCGCCUUUCUCACCGCCCAGAACCCGGCAGCGGUCAAGCGUUCAGUCCUCACGGGCUUCAAGGACGUAUUGCUACUGCCCGUCACCGUCGUGCCCCGCACUGCUGUGCAUGUGGGCGGUGCUGCCUUCCGUACCGUGGGAAAGGGGGUGAGCUAUGUCAAUCCCCUGAACUGGCAGGGCAACGCAUCGAGCGCGGCGGCACAAGCAAGUACGGGUGCGGGCGCAGGAGCGUCAUCCUCAUCGCUUCAGGAGCCCAUCUCCGCAAAGCGCAGCGGAGGUGGUACGGGCGGCUUCUUUUCUCCUGGACUUGGGCGCACGCAUGACUCCGGCUCAAAGGGGAAUGUAGGCCAAGGUUACAUCGACUUCUCCCAUGGCGGGACCGACGGCUCCUCCACGGCCUUCUACGGUGACGAGGAAGAUGAGGAAGACGAAGCCGACUACAAAGGCGACUUUGACGCGAAUGUCGGCGGCUUCGACGGGGUGGACAUUGAGGACGAGUGGAACGAGGAGGUCCGAGCAUGGAAGGAGGUGGCGAACAAAGCUAGUCAGACGAGCAGUGAGCAACGACAGCAGCAGAAGCGAGCUACCUCGUCGAGUCGCGACGCAAAGAAGCGGUCGACGGCCGGUUCUGCAGCAAUGCGGCCCUCGACGCCCAUCUCACGCCCAAACAGCGCAGUGGCUGCUUCGGCAAGUCAGGAUGGCAAUCUCGCCAGGCGCGCUCUUGGCGCCACUCCAGGUACUCCUACUGGCUCGUCACGAUCAGCUACGCCUACGUCUGCUCAACAGGAGCGACCCACGCCUGCCUCUUUGCAGCGAAUGCAGCUUCUUCUCUCACUGGAUACUGCGCUACAGAUGAUCCACCUCAAUCGAGACUCUAUCAAGAGGAUCGAGACGUUUGCCACAGCCGCCGCUGGGGCCGCAGCGACUACCACGGCGACUCGAGACGGCGCCACGACGGAGGCGAGACAAGGAGAAGCGGGCAGGCCAAGGGCCAGCAGCAGUGCCGCAGCGAAGGCGAGCUCGAGCGGCUCAAAAUUACGCGUCGUCACCAUCAAAAAGGAGAUCGAAGAAGUGGCCAGCUCCUUCCUACGCUGUCUUGGCGAGCGACACGUCGCCCCCGGCUUCGCCAAGGCUACGAGUCAAGUCCGUGCCUGGGACCCCUCAUCUGCGACCACAGCGGUGGACGACGAGAAAGCAACCGCUGAGCAGCAACAUGUCGAGCCCCUUGUCCACUUCUUCGAGCUGGUCCACGUAGGCGACACGAUAGCCCAAAUGGUGCAAGUCUACUUCGACCAGGAGCUUUCCAGGCACAUCGAUAAGGACGAUUUCCUGAACCCUGUGGUAAGGGACAAGAAGCGCUUCGAGUCUUCACUUGACGAGAGUGUAGCUACGGGUCUGAACGCUGGAGUGGACCUGCUGAUGAGUCAAGCAGAGCAUAUCAUCGCAACACGGCAAGAGGCCGGAGACUUCUAUCCUGAGUUGGAGGCGACAAAGGGCAAGGGAGAGAAGGAGAAGGACAUGGACCUUGGCCAUCCCACUCGGGCUUGCGCUGAGGCCCUAGCCUGCUUGACAACGCACUGCAAGCUGCUCGUUGGUUGUGCGGACAAGUCGAUCCUGGAAGUCUUCUGGCAGGAGAUCGGUUUACGGCUUCACAGCAUCCUGUGCAAGCACCUCAAGCGACAGAUCAUCUCUCUUCAGGGCGGAUUCAAGAUCAUCGACGACUUGAAUGCUUACCACCACUUUGUGGCGACACAGCUGCGCCAGCCUAGCUUGCUGCCUUACUUUGAGGCUUUACAGGCUUUAGGCAGUCUAUACAUCGUUGAAGAGCCGAGGGAGCUGGCGCAUCUGGUGAGGGAUGCGGGGAGCUUGACGAGGGGGACUUUGGGGCCUGAUGACGUGUACGAAUUCUUGCAGGCGAGGUGCGACUUCAAACGCAUCGAGAGGGAUGUGGAUCGGGAGAUGUAUGGAUUCAAGGUCAAGGAGGACUGUACCGUCAUGUGAGAGCGAGUCUGCGGUGGCUCCCGUAAUGCAUACCUAAUCUAGCGCU